AUGGCAAACGCGACUAACAUUACGUCUGUGACUGGCGUAACGUCUCGGUUCUACCACAUCACCAUGUGGGCUAUGAUCGUUGCAGGUAUUCUUGCGAACGUCGUUGUGAUUGUGUGGCGCUGUAGGAAGAAGGAAUCGCGACUAAACCUUCUGUCUGGUCUUAUCAUCAGCCUUGCUGUCGCCGAUCUCUGUAUGUGCUUUCAUUUCCUGCUGCAGGAAGUAAUGUUGUCCUAUCCGGUGUUUGCACAAGUGAGGCAGGACACACCAAUCAAUACCACAAGAGCAGACGAGAUACUCUGUCUAAGUAUUACAUUCCUGGCUUACUUUUGUUCAAGCGCCAUUAUGCUUCUAUGUACCGGAAUCGCCCUCCGCAUUUUCUGCCAAUUCCGGCGCCAACCUCGCAGAUGUUCCCGAUUCUUUACUGGAUACCUGGUCUUCACUUGGGUAUUUUCGGCGACGUAUGCUGCUAUAGUGACUUGGCAAUACAAACAGCACAACAGGUUACCACAACCAAUACAAAAUGUGAACGAGUUUUCGCUCAUUGUCAUAUUUGGCUGCGUCAAUUCUAUCGAUGACUCUGAGUUAUACAAAUAUCUCAUACCUAUGGUUGGAAUAAACGCAGCGUUGUCUCUACUCGUUGCUGUUCUCUACAUCUAUUUGUGCUCACAUUUGAGAAAGCACAAGGUCAUCUUUCCUAACAGUUCAGAAAAUAACGAAAUCGACCGAUUACGUAUUCGACUCAUCAUCAUUUCAGUACUCAAUUUGGUUUGCACGUGGCUGCCUGGAUUUGCAAUUGGUUUAUACACAGUGGCUAACAUGAAGACUGUUUAUAAUGGAAGUGUCUCACCCAUUUCUUCGGAACCCUUUUUCAUAUUGACUGCUGCGAUAACUGUUGCUAAUCCUCUGAUCUAUACAAUUGCCUCAGUAACUUGCUGUAGUAGACUGAGACACUGCUGCUGCAACCACUUACUAUGUCGCCGCCGUGUAAUGCUCGUGCGCGUGAAAGGACACGCUGCAGUCUACAAGGCCGAUUAUACGUUAUGCAAUGCGUGCUGCUUAAAACGAUCAUCCGUCAAGCAAGUGUUGGAAGACACGGAAAUACUGUUCACACCGUACAACGAAGCAACAUCAAAUGACACCGAAGAGUCUCGUUUAUUCACAGACUAAAAAGCACACGUCGAUCAGUAUUUCGGUUUGUGACAAGUUUUGCUCUGGCAAAUUUCAUAUUGGCUCUAGUGUUUAAACGUACAAAAUGUCUUGACGAGUAAGCCUUACCGGUUCGAAUUAACUUAAGUGUCACUUACGGAAUAUAUGCAUGCAUGUGAGUGUAUAAUUUUAGAUAGUUGUGAGUAGAGUGUAACCAUUAGUACUGUUUGACUGUACUUCGAUUUUCAAAGAUUGUGCCGAUAACUUGUAACUCUGAAAUUCCAGUUACGUGUACCGAUUUUGUGAAUACAG